AUGCGUCUGCGUGGCACAUCUCGAACUCGUCACUUUGAGCUAUUAACCUCGAACCAGCUCCUCGACGCCAUUAUGGGCAUUAUCGACGUGGACAAGGUGUUAGCAGAGCUGACGAUUCAUGAGAAGAUUAAGCUGCUAGCUGGUCAAGAUACAUGGUGCACUUUCGCCAUUGAGAGAUUGAACAUCCCCUCAAUCAGAACUACCGAUGGACCACACGGUGCUCGAGGCGUCUCUUUCUUCAAUGGUCCCCCUGGGAUGCUCCUCCCGUCCGCCACAGCGAUGGGAGCGACGUUCGAUCGAGAUCUCAUGGCCGCAGUAGGUAAGAUGCUUGGCAGGGAGACUCGUGAGAAGGGUUGCCAGGUCCUGCUGGCACCGACAGUGUGUCUGCAGCGCUCGCCACUGAUCGGACGAGGAUUUGAGGCCUUCGGCGAAGAUCCCUGGCUCAGCGGCACGCUCGCAUCGGACUACAUCAACGGUGUGCAGUCAGAGGGAGUCGCGUGCUCCAUCAAGCACUACGCUGCUCACGACCAGUCUACUAUGUCGCCGGAGGACUCAAUUUGGGCUUCUGAGAGAACGCUCAGGGAGGUUCACUUGCUGCCUUUCCAGAUUGCGAUGACGCAAGCCAACCCCUGGUCGUUGAUGACGUCCUACCACAGAAUCAAUGGAACUCACAUAUGCGAGGACCCAUGGAUUAUCAACCAGAUACUUCGAAAUGACUGGGGCUGGAACGGACUAGUUAUGAGUGACUGGUUUGGAACAUACAGCACCGCUGAGGCGCUCAAUGCCGGAAUGGACCUCGAGAUGCCGGGACCUACAAGAUGGAGAGGUCCGCUGCUGCUGUGGUCUAUCGUUUCCAAGAAAGUGAAGGAGGCGACGCUUGACGUCGCCGUGAAGAAUCUCUUGAACUUGACCAACAAGGUGCGGCCUUCUCUCGAGCCUGUCCUCUCAUCAACGGCGGGUAAUAGCCCUGAGAAGGGAGAGCUUUGCCGCAAGGUUGCCGCGGAAUCAAUUGUUCUUCUCAAGAACGAAAAGGGUAUUCUACCUCUCGAUACGAAACUCGGCGGCAAGACGUAUGCUCUGAUCGGACCAGGAGCUUUAUACCCGGCCGUCAGUGGAGGUGGCUCAGCGGACUUGAUACCAUACUACGUCAGUAAGCCACUGGAUGCGUUGAAAGAGCUGGUUGGGGCCGAGAAUGUGACGGCGACUGUUGGGUGUUACGGGCAUCUUUUCACGCCCCUUCUCUCGUCGUCCGUCACGGUCCCUGGUACCGACCAGGAGGGGUAUUACCUGGAGUACUUCAUGCAAGAACCAGACAGCACCGGGAUUACGGAACCGUUGGCUAUCACAACAACUACCCAGGCCCAAAUGUACUUCGCUGACAACCUGCCCGACGGAGUCACUGAGGGGUACUGGAUCAGAGUCUCGACGACUUAUACAGCGGAAGCCACUUGCAUGAUCCAGCUGGGCUUGUGUGUCCUCGGAAAGGGCCGACUUUAUGUUGACGGGGUUGAGAAAAUCGACCUGUUCACGAGCCAGCCGGAAAAGACUCUCCAGACACCCAUGUUCGACCAGGCCAGCAUGGAGGUUACCACCCUGGUCGAUGCGAAGAAGGGCCAAAAGUACGAGAUUGUUGUUCUUUUGCAGAAUGAGAGUCUGGCAGCUGGCGUUGGUGCGCUGAAUGCAGGCGGCCUACGCAUCGGCUGUUGUGAGCACUUCGACCCAGUCAUGAAACUGUCAGAGACUGUGGAACUGGCUCGGGCUGUCGACUAUCCCAUUGUCAUUGCCGGGCUGAAUGCCGACUGGGAAAGUGAGGCGAUGGAUCGAAAAUCACUAGCAUUGGCCCGGGAGGUUGACGAACUCAUUGAAGCUGUUAUCGAGGCUAAUCCCAACUCUAUCAUUGUCAUGCAAGCCGGGUGUCCCAUCACUCUUCCAUGGGUUGUCUCGGCCAAGACUCUACUCCAUGCCUGGUACGGCGGCCAAGAGACAGGCAACGCAAUCAUGGACGUUCUGUUCGGGAAAAUCAAUCCCAGUGGAAGGCUCAGUGUCACGUUCCCGAAGAGACUGGAGGAUACACCAGCCUUCUUGUCGUUUGGCAAGCAGGACAAGAUGCUUCACUACGGCGAGGGCGUGUUUAUCGGGCAUCGCUACUACGAGAAGCUUCAGAACUCACCGCUUUUUUACUUUGGGUACGGGUUGUCAUAUACGACCUUCGCGUACUACGACUUGAAGGUUCCCAUGGAAGUGGACCUUGCCAGCCAGGACACGUUCGAAGUAUCCGUCAAGGUACAAAACACUGGGAGUCGCCACGGCGCCGAGGUCGUUCAGGUCUACGUCUCAGAUCUCAAGAGCUCUGUUCAACGGCCUAUUAAGGAGUUAAAGGGCUACCUCAAAGUCCAUGUUCCAGUCGAUGGUACUGUGGAUGUUUCUGUUACGCUUGACAAGUAUGCACUCUCUUUUUGGAGCCAAGAGCAUAGUAAAUGGUUGGCAGAGGCUGGAACAUUUGAAAUUGUCAUCGCGAAGAGCGCUGAUCCUCAGGACGAGGUUCUCCAACAACGCUUUGAUCUUGUCGCUGACUACUUGUGGUUGGGAUUAUAA